AUGGUUUUAACAAUUGGUGAAAUCAUUCAAGAACUCAUUCGAGCUCACGAUGAAAAAAAAGAUGUUAAUCUAAAUCACAUAAAAACUAAAAUUUCUUCCAAAUACGGUCUUGAUUCUCAGCCUCGAUUAGUUGACAUUAUAUCGGCCGUACCUCCACAACAUAGAAAAAAUUUAGUACCAAAACUAAAAGCAAAACCAAUUAGAACUGCAAGUGGAAUUGCUGUUGUAGCUGUCAUGUGUAAGCCACACAGAUGUCCACACAUUAACAUGACUGGAAACAUUUGUGUUUAUUGCCCAGGUGGACCAGAUUCCGAUUUUGAAUAUUCUACCCAAUCUUACACUGGUUACGAGCCUACAUCAAUGAGAGCCAUUAGAGCAAACUAUAAUCCUUACUUACAAACAAGACACAGAGUUGAACAGCUGCAACAAUUAGGUCAUUCAGUUGAUAAAGUUGAGUUUAUAGUUAUGGGAGGAACUUUUAUGAGCCUUCCUGCUGAUUAUAGAGAUUAUUUUAUUAGGAAUUUACAUGAUGCUUUGACAGGUCAUUCAAGCAGUAAUGUAGAAGAAGCUGUAAAGCACUCUGAAAGAAGUAAAAUAAAAUGUAUUGGAAUAACUAUAGAAACAAGACCUGAUUAUUGCUUGAAACGUCAUCUUUCCGAUAUGCUCGGUUAUGGGUGUACCAGAUUAGAAAUAGGAGUUCAAUCUGUAUAUGAAGAUGUUGCUAGAGAUACAAAUAGGGGCCACACUGUAAGAGCAGUUUGUGAAAGUUUCAACUUGGCUAAAGAUGCUGGAUUUAAAGUAGUUGCUCAUAUGAUGCCUGAUUUGCCUAAUGUCGACUUGGAAAGAGAUUUGGAACAAUUUAUUGAAUUUUUUGAGAAUCCAGCUUUUCGAGCUGAUGGAUUAAAAAUUUAUCCAACUCUUGUCAUAAGAGGUACUGGUUUAUAUGAAUUAUGGAAAACAGGAAGGUACAAAAGUUAUCCUCCGAAUACUUUAGUAGAUCUAAUUGCUAGAAUUUUAGCUCUUAUACCUCCUUGGACAAGAGUUUACAGAGUGCAGCGUGAUAUACCCAUGCCCUUAGUGAGUUCUGGAGUGGAACAUGGUAACUUGCGAGAAUUGGCAUUAUUACGAAUGAAAGAUUUAGGAACUCAAUGUAGAGACGUUAGAACGCGUGAAGUUGGAAUUCAAGAAAUUCAUAAUAAAGUAAAACCUUACGAGGUAGAGUUAGUGAGACGUGAUUACUUCGCGAACGGCGGUUGGGAAACGUUUUUAUCUUACGAAGAUCCCGAACAAGAUAUUCUCGUUGGUCUUUUACGAUUACGAAAAUGUUCCGAAGAUACCUUUAGACCAGAAUUAAAGGGAAAAAGUUCGAUCGUUCGAGAACUUCACGUUUACGGGAGCGUUGUGGCAGUCAGCGCAAGGGAUCCGACAAAGUUUCAACAUCAAGGCUUUGGCAUGUUGCUAAUGGAAGAAGCAGAAAGGAUAGCAAAAGAAGAACAUGGAUCUGAAAAAAUAGCUGUUAUAUCCGGAGUAGGAACAAGAAACUAUUAUAGGAAGUUGGGAUAUGAGUUGGAUGGUCCUUACAUGUCAAAAAGUCUUUAG